CGCCCAAAUGGGAUGCGGCACACGCUCUUGUACGCUGCACCUUCUCGGCCCCCGCACUCUUUUUCCCCGCCCUAGGAACGGCCAAAAUAGAAAAAAGGACGAACUCCUCGCCUUCUUCGUCACCGGAGCGAUUCCAAAACCCUGAGGGAAACCGAAGGCCUCCUGAAAUGGAUCUCGUCCGGAGCGGUUCGAUUUCUCUGGUGAUUUAGCCGUUCUUAUCAAGGGUAUGUGGAUCUUACGCUGUUUUUCUUCUCUAUUUUUCGUGAUUUCAAUCUGGAUGUUGAAGCACCUGUGGUUGUAUCUGUGGGGAAAUUUGAAGGAAUAGUUUGUGAAAAUCACCGUGGGUUUUAGAUUUUGAGGCAAAUGGAUUUGAUUUGGUGGUGCUAGUUCGAUUAUUUCUCUGAUUUAACUUGGAUUUGGGAUUUUGGUGCUGUUUCUGUUGUUGAUCUGAAAAUCCUUUGGACUUGUACGCUUUAGCGUUUGUUUGGGGUUUUUUACUGCUUUGCUUCAAGAGGGAGCUUUGUCUGCUGCAGAUUUGUUAGGAAUCUGAAGGUUAAUAGAGUUGAAAUCUGAUGAGCUAUACUGAAAUCUACAUCUACUUUCAUCUCUGAGCUUUGUGAACCGGGAAAUCUGAUCCAAGUUCCAAAACGAAAUUUUUGUGAGAGCCGUGUAGCUUUAAUUUUAGCGAUCUGCGUGCUAUCUCAGGAUGGAGGGUAAUAUGUCGGCAGGGAACAUGAUGGCGGGGCCUUCUUCUUAUGGUUCAUUUGAUCUCCAAGUUUCGAUGGCGAUGCAUCAGCAACAGCACCCUCAUGGAUGCUUUCACCAUCAGCAGCAACAGCCGACCCAGACCCAACACCAGGGCUCAGUGGUUCAUCAACCAAUGAACAUUAUUUUCCCUCAGUCAGUCGGUCAGAUGAAUGAGCGUGAACAGCAGCCUACGCUUCAGAUGAUGACGGAUUACCGUAAGGUUGACCAUGGCAAGAUCUCAACAAGUGAGGAGGAUGACACCGAGGAUGGAGCUGAUGGUCACAAUGAAGAUGAAAGAGGAAAGAAGGCUGCUCCUUGGCACAGAGUGAAGUGGACGGAUGCAAUGGUUAAGCUUCUCAUAACUGUGAUUUCUUACUUGAAUGAAGAUACUGUGGAACUUGAUGGUAGUGCGAAGAAAAAACUUGCCGUGUUACAGAAAAAAGGAAAGUGGAAGUUGGUGUCAAAAGUAAUGGCUGAGAGAAAUUGUUGUGUAUCACCUCAACAAUGCGAAGACAAGUUUAAUGAUCUGAAUAAAAGGUACAAGAGGCUCAUAGAAAUUCUUGGCAGGGGCACAGCUUGCAAGGUUGUGGAGAAUCCUGCACUAUUGGACUAUAGGCAUGAUCUUUCUGGCAAGGUAAAGGAUGAUGUGAGGAAGAUCUUAAGCUCAAAGCAUCUUCACUAUGAGGAGAUGUGCUCGUACCAUAACAAGAACCGCUUACAUUUACCUGCUGAUCCUGAAGUUCAGCGCUCUGUGCAGUUGCUUCUGAAAACUAGUGAUGACAAUGAUGCAAGAAAGGCUGCAAGGGAUGACUUUGAUGAAGAUGAUCAUGAUGAAGAUAGUGAUGAUAGGGAAGAUGAUCUUGAGGAUAAUGACACACUGUUGAGAGAUAUUGGAGCAUCAUGUUUUUCAAAGAGGAUGAAGCCAGGGUUGGUCUGUGAAGAUGUGAGCUUUAGAAACUCUUGGGGCUCUCAAAAUAAUCCUAGAAGACCUCAUUCUCAGAGCAUUUCUUUUGAUGUGAACCAAGUGUUCCCUGAAGGGCCUACCACUCCUUGGGUACAGAAGCAGUUGAUCAGGUCACGUUCAAUUCAGUUGGAAGAACAAAAGUUGCAGAUUCAAGCAGAGAUGCUAGAGAUUGAAAAGCAACAAUUCAAGUGGAAGUGUUUUCGUAAGAAGAAAGAUAGGGAAUUGGAUAAGAUGAGAAUACAAAAUGAAAGGAUGAAGCUUGAGAAUGAACGCCUG